AUGGUGGAGCCGGCAGUGCGCUUGCUGAUACAAAAACUGAAUCAGCUAUUGUUGGAGAAAACAGAUCUAUUUGCUGGAGUAAUAAAGCAUGUGAUCGAGGAUCUGCAUUUGGAGCUUCAAAGACUUCGUUCCUUUGUCGAGGAUGUGUCGUGGAGGCUUAAUCAGGACUUUGAUUUGAACAAAAAGACAAUAAAAACAGUGAACGAAGCUGAAGAUGCAGUUGAUAAGCUUGUAACUGAUACUAAGUUAAUUCAGAACCAAGGAAUAAUUAUAGAGCUUUUUCUUGAUAUGAAAAUUGAGCAGAGUGCAAUGAAGAUCAAAUCAAUCACUGACAAGUUAAGGGUACUUCGCCGAAAUGGUGCUUAUCUCUGUAGUCCCUUUUUUAUCAGCGAAGUUCCCGUGGAGAAAGAGGCACCUAUAGUGGAGGAAGAUGAAGUGGUAGGCUUUGACGGGGAGGCAAAUGAAAUAGUGAACCGUCUAGUUGACAGAUCAACUGGUCUGGAGGUUAUCCCCAUUGUUGGCAUGCCUGGUCUUGGCAAAACGACACUGGCAAAUAAAAUUUUCAAGGAUAUCAGGGUUGAACGUAAGUUUCCUUUACGUAUCUGGAUCUAUAUUUCUCAGUCGUACAAUAGAAGGCAGUUAUUUCUCAACAUCAUCAGAAAGUGCAGCCAAAACACCAUAGGACAUCAUGAAAUGACUUUUGAGGUUCUAGUUAAUCAAGUACGCAAAUUGUUGGAGAAAAAAAAAUGUUUGAUAGUCUUGGAUGACUUAUGGACAUGCACAGCCUUGGAUGAUAUUGGAAGUGCUUUGCGAAGAAAUGUAAGAGGUAGUAGAAUCUUGUUAACCACUCAAGAUACAUCUGUGGCUAACUAUUGUCAUCAACGCCCUCACUAUUUAAAAUUCCUAACAGAUAGUGAAUGCUGGGAGUUAAUAAAAAAGAAGGUUCUCCGCAAGGAUAAAUAUUGUCCCCCGGACUUGGAACAACUUGGGAAUUGCAUAGCUAAGAAAUGUAUGGGACUACCCUUUGCAGUAUUGGUGAUUGCAAAAGCUUUAAAUGGUAAAGGAGAGACAAGAGCUGAGUGGGAACAAGUGCAUCAAAGAGUGAGUGAAGACAUCAUUAGUAGAGAUUUUGAGAUAACCAAGAGAUUGUUGCAAACGAGUUAUGACAGUUUGGAUCUUGACUUGAGGGCUUGCUUCUUAUAUUGUGGUGUUUUUCCUAGAGGUUUUGAGAUCCCUGCGUGGAAGUUAGUCCGGCUGUGGAUUGCUGAAGGGUUGAUCACUGAAGGACUCCAUGUCAACGAUACCCUUGAAAAUAUAGCAGACCAUUACUUGGAUGAACUUGCGCGCAUGAACCUAGUGAUGGUUAGUCAGUGUUCCUCCGAUGAUCGAAUCAAAACAUUUCAUGUUCAUGACAUAAUACAUGAGUUUUGUAGGCAAAAAGCUAGUGAGGAAAAUUUAUUCCAAGAAGUAAAUGUAGGAGUUGAGCAUUCUUUCCCUAGAAAAGGUGAACUAGCUAAGUACCGUCGCAUUUGCAUUAAUUCAUCAGUGGUGGAAUUUGUUUCUACGAAACCUUAUUCCGAAAGUAUCUCAUCAUUCUUAUGUUUUUCAUCUGAGAAUAUUAUGAUUUCCCCAAAUGAAGUCGCAAUAAUCUCAAAAGCCUUUCCACUAGUCAAGGUAUUUGAUGUUGAAUCCAUCAAAUUUGAUUGCUUCUCUCCAAAAUUUUUACGGUUAUAUCAUUUGAGGUACAUUGCUUUUUCAAAUGACUCAAUAAAGGUACUGCCUAAAUUCAUAGGGGACCUUUGGAAUCUACAGACUCUUAUAGUGGUGACACAACAAAAGACUAUUGAUAUACAAGCAGAUAUAUUUAACAUGCCAAAACUAAGGCAUCUUCAUACAAAUGCCUCUGCUAAAUUGUGUUUCCGAAAAUCCAGCAAACUUGUCUCUGUACAUGGUUCAUUACAGACCUUGUCUACAGUAGAACCUGAAAGUUGUACAGAACAUGUUGUAGCGAGGUGUCAAAACAUGAAGAAGUUAGGUAUUCGCGGGAAAAUAGCAGUGCUUCUUGGAGCCAAUAAAGCUGGACAAAUAGUCAAUGUUAACAAGCUAAAGUGCCUUGAGAAAUUGAAGCUGAUAAAUGAUGAUCAUUUAACAGGCCUGGAGUUGCACCUUCCUUCAGAAAUUAUUUUCCCCAAGAGUUUGAGAAAGCUGACUUUAUCAGGUACCAGGUUGCACUGGAAAUAUAUGGGUAUACUGGGGAAGUUGGAGGAACUUGAAGUCCUCAAACUGAAAGAAAAUGCAUUUGUGGGAAGUGUUUGGGUGUCAACUGAAGGCGGUUUUCCUUCUCUUGAGGUCUUGUGGAUUGAAAGGACAGAUCUAAUUUCAUGGGGAGCUUCUAGUAAUCACCUCCCGAUAUUAAAGAGGCUUGUUCUUAUUCACUGUGACAAGCUUGCGGAAGUCCCUAUUGAACUUGCUGACAUACGCAGCCUGAGAAGGAUAGAAUUGGUGGAUACAACCAGUGAAGCAGCUGAAUGUGCUCGGAAAAUUGAAUCCUGCAGUAAAUGCAUUGAGUUCAAGCUUUCCAUCUCGGAUUCCAACUAGACAAAAGCUCUUCUCAAGGCUUUUAAUGGAUGGGGCUUUGCUGCGUCUGUGGCUGACACAGGAUUUUUUUAUAAUCAUGGGUGCUCAACUAUUUUUAAUCUGGAAAUUGCUACUGAAACUGGGUGCCCUGUUAGUAUAUUUGUAUGAAUUACUAUUUUUUUUUUCUAUGUAAUAAAUAGAGUUUGGCUCCAAAAGUAAUGUCCACUAUUGU